GCACGGAGGCAAGAAGGAGGCGGCGGCGGCGGCGGUGGGAGGCGGGGAGGAAGGGGACCCUGCUCGCUGCUCUCCCAAGUCAGCGCGGAGCCGCCUCGGGCCGGGCUGAGGGCUGCGCGGCGGCGGCGGGGCCGGGCCAGGAUGCGAGGCUCCCGGGACCGCGCCGGGCGGCGGCGGCAGGCAGCCGGCGGGAGCUGUCCGCGGUGCUGAAGCGCCGGCGGAGUCGGCGGCGGCAGGGACCUGGAACCGGGAGCCGAGGUGCCCUCCUGGGAGCUACACCGCGGCGGCAAGGCGGGGGCGCCCUCGCUCACUGGCCCAUGCCGGCCCCCCGAUCCCCGCGGAAGAGGCGGGUCCUUCCUCGGUGGGACAGGGACAGGGUCUCCGCCAGACUGUAAGCUCUGUGAAGACAAAGCUCGCAUCCGCCUCCCUCUCCCUGCUUCCACCUUUCUCACCAUGGUGUCCCAGCAUCUGUGCAGUACCUGGCAUGGAGCUGAUGCUCAGUAACUGAGUGGUGACUGGAUACAGAGCAAACCACCUCUAUGAGCAGGCUCUCUGAAGACUGUUUAGCUGGCCCAGGCCCUCCCAGGAGCUGCCUCCAGAGCCAUGGAGAGUCUGAGCGAACUACAGAACCCACUGCUGCCUCGGAGCCCUGCCCACCUCCACAGCCCCUACCCCUACCCUGAGGCUUCGCCCAGCUGGGCGUGCCAGGAGAAGCUCUACUCCUACCUCCUGGGUGGUGCUGGUCCUGCUCAUGCCCACCAGCUCCUGGACCCAGGGCCCCUGCAGCUGGCUGUGGAGGCCUGGUACAGGCCCAACUGCCUCCUGGGGAGGGACAAGGUCAAGGAGCCCAGGGCAGGGAGCUGUGAGACCAGCUUCACAGAGAGCAGGGAACCCCAGGCUGGGCCCACGGAGCAGUCCGCAGAACCCGGCCAAGUAGAAGAGGAUGUCACCAUCCGGACUGUGUCCUACGGAGUUCAAGAGGAGCUGCAGGGCCAGGCGGAUGAGGAGGAGGAAGAUGAGAGUGACACAACCUCAACAGAGAGUGAAAGUGAGGACAACUUCCUGACGCUGCCUCCCAGGGACCACCUAGGUCUUACUAUCUUCUCCAUGCUCUGCUGCUUCUGGCCAUUGGGCAUCGCCGCCUUCUACUUCUCCCAGGGGACCAGCAAGGCCAUCUCCAAGGGAGACUUCCGCCUGGCCAACACCACCUCGCGCCGGGCCCUCUUCCUGGCCACACUCUCCAUCGCUGUGGGGGCUGGUCUCUAUGUGGCCGUGGUGGUGGCUCUGGCAGCUUACAUGUCCCAGAAUGGCCACAGCUAGCGGCCAGUCAGGCCUGGCAUCUGACUCCCCUGCUCUGCCUGAGGAGGCAGUGGGGCUGGGGUUGUAGGCUCUCUGGAGAGCCCUGGCUCCUGAAGACAACCCCAAGGGGGUCUGGAGGGAAAGCCUCCGAGGCUAUGGGCUCCAGGGCUCAACCUUCCCUUCUCCUUGCCCACUGGCCUCAGCCCCAGAGCAGGGUCAGGGGGAACCCAGGCUGCGCCAGGAAGCAGGAGAGGGGAGGGCUGCCCACCAGGCCUUCCAGGCAGGGCCUAACUCUGGCUUGAGGCCAGCCUGGAGCUCAGUUAUCCUACCCAUUUCCUAGAGGGUCUCCUACCCAGCAGGCAGCCCACUGCCCACCUCUGCCAACCUCUCUGCAAAGAGCAGGAGGCUAUCAGGAGUGAAGGGGCUGCCUGGGGGACAGAUGGCCUGACGCAAUCCCUUCAGCCCACAGAAGUCUCCACUCUGGGAACAGCCUGAGCUUCCCAUCUCCACUCUCUGGGCCUGUGGUACCCAGGUCCCAGCCAUCCAGGAGGGGGAUACACAGAGACAUGGCGCCCCUUGCUCCUUCUGGUUCUGGAGAGUGCUUUUCUCUCCUGUGGGCUUGUGAGAUGCUGCAGAUCUAGACAGAGAGGAGGAGUCACGGCAUGUAAACUCUGCACCAAGGGCAGGUUCUUGGAACUUCUCUGUGCAGGAACAAAAGGCAGAUGCAAUGACAGAGGUCCUGAUAUAUUUCCAGACCACAUGGGCGUCCCCACUCUGCCCCUGGCCCCCACCCCCAUCAUCCUUUUCUGGAAUCCACCUGGGGGACCUUGAGCUGAUGCCAUCAUGGAGAGAGAGUGCUAUCUGCCCACCAGGCACUGAGCACAGGUCUCUAGAUCCAGCUCUGUGGGAAAGUGGUGAGGAGAGACCCUGGGGAGUAGUGAACAUAGAUGAGGGGAGGGAUACAGGGCUGGCAUGGCUGCUGAGCAGCCAGCAGUGCUCAGGAAGCCUUCCUAGAGGAGGUGUCUAGAAGGUUUAGAAGAAUAAGGAGACUUUAUCUAAGGGAUUUGUUUUCCCAUUACCCUCAGUAUUCAUGGGCAGGGGCAUGGCACGAAACUCUCAAGGUGGGCUGAGGUGGUUCUAAGCUAUUUGGAUCUCACCUAGAGCAUCCAGGCUGCAGCCAAAUUAGAGUCAUUUCUGAAGACUUCACCAACUCAGAGAAGAAGGUUGGACCUGCCUCUCAAAGACCAGGGAUGUCUCCCCACCUCUGAAUGCUGGGGGCCAGUGGUGGGUCUCUGGUCAGUCUUGGGGCUUCUUCACUAAUGCCCCUACUCAGAGCCCCUCAACACCUGCAGCCACUAGGGAACAUCCAGCAUUUUAGAGACAUCCAGACAGGCAGGAGGGG